GAAGGACGGAGAACUGGAGACGCCGGAGAAGCAAAUGGCCGGCAAAGUGUAGUGAAGAGUAGCUCGCGAGAAACCAGCACCUUUAGCCUUUCCUUCGAAUUACACUUUUUUUAAUCUAUAAUUUAAAGGCCGAAGGUACGGUAAUUCGAUUAUUGACAAAACUGUCGAGUGCUUUCGUUGACGAUUAGAUGGAGGUGCCAGAUCGCUGGCACGCAUGCUCAGGAUUUGAACAUGAGUAUAUAGGUGGUCCAGGACGCUCGGUCCAGGAAUUGAAGUAUUUUAAGUGACAGUUUUCGACUCAGCUGACAAUGACAUUUCAGUUGCCUUUUAAACUCAUUGAACUGAAGAAACCAUUGGCCUUCGCCCGUUCCUCGCUCAUUCCGCUUCGAACGCUGAUAACAGAGCUUGAUAUCUCGACUCUUCGAAAUCUCUCGCUUGAAAUUGCAGUAAUCACUUACGAGCGAUAAAGAUAAACGGACGCCAGGUUAUCCUAUUCACGUGUUCUCCGAAAUUAUGAUAACAAUGGUAUUGAAAGUGGUAAAGCUGAACUAAACAUUUCUGCUCUUGGCUCACAAAAUUAGAGCACAUUGCCAACGAAUGAUAUAUGCAAGUCACACGACGACGAAACUAACCUAGGUAUUACUUUUUUUAUCUCAGCGAAAAAGAGAGGUUGUAAUCAGAUAGACAGAUAUCAACAGAUUAAAAUGGAUCCUAACUAGAGAAUAUAAAGUAAUGAACAACUAUCCAUUAGGAAUCUGAGAAUACUUAUUCCUACACUAACAGAAAAUUCACUGAACAAUAGAUUUGGAAAAAUUGAGAAGAAAUCUGUAAGUCAAUUCAAAUAAAUUCUUGCAACAGCACCUGGUAUUUUCCCAGAGGAGAAAAUAGAAGAUUGUUUUGAAUGUACAGAAGUUAAAGAAAGAUCUGCGAGUCAAUCGACAUCUGCUGUAAUCCAAACGUCAAAUCUUCAAAAUUUAUUCAAAUCAAACCAACACCUAAAGUGUUUGAUAAAUAAAAAUCUCAUAGAUUAAUCAAAAAGUAUGGAAAUUCAAGAAGAAUGUGCGAGUCAAUCGAUAUCUACUGCAGUUUUGCCUAUCAAAUUCUCAAAAUUUACACAAACCGAGAAAAAAAGUUUUCGAUUUGAAUUGGAUGAGGCUCUUGCAAGUCAAUUAGGAAAUAUGAAAGUUAAAGAGGAAUCUGCGAAUCAAUCGACAUCUGUUGUAAUUUUACCUACUAAAUUCUCAAAGAGUAUUCAAACUUCAACAAAAGGAUUGCAAGUAGAUAACCUCACGGAUUUCAGAAAUCUCAGAAAUAUAAAAGUUAAAGAGGAAUUUGCGAAUCAAUCUUCUGCUGCAGUGUCACCUGACAUUUUUUCAGAGAAUUCUGUAGCACUUACACUUUCAAAUUUCCAAGUACCAGGUAAAGUUCACUCGAAACAAAAAUUUGAGAUCAAGAAGCAUCUGUCAGACUCAAAAUCUGACAAAGACAGCAUAUCAGAUCAAUCGACAAAUUAUCAGAACACAAGAGACAGACGUCCAAAACAUCCAAUUAGCCAUCCAUCUACUCCAGACAAUCAGUUGCAAGGAAAAAAGAAAAUGAAAACUUAUUGCUGUCGCUGCUUAGAAUAUUGCAUAUUUUCACUAUUAUCUAUAAUGCUGAUAGCUAUUGCUGCGAUAUUUUUGCAUGAAAACGAAAAUCACACCCAUAGCAGUGAUUUUGAGACCGUGAUUAUUGAAUUGAAAAAACAUAUUUAUGGUCAGGAUAAUGCUAUACAAUUAUUAACUGAAGCUCUUCAACUUGACACACCUUCUUUUAGGGUGAUAGCCCUCGUUGGUAGUACAGGUGUUGGUAAAUCGUACACGGUGGAGAUAAUAAAAAAGUAUUUCCCGAGACCAUACGCUAUUCGUCAAUAUUACCCCCCGGUCGAGAAUCUGAAGAAAAUCAAUUUUCUUUUCCUCCAUCCAAAUCUAAUCAUUCUGGAGAAUCUGAAGGAAGACGAUGCAACAAGCGUUGUGAACCAUAUAAAAGAAUUUGAAGAUACCUAUAAAAAUCAGCUUAUGACCAUACUGGUCGUUUUCAACAUUGAACGUAUUGACAACGAUUUUACCCGAAGAGUAAAUAUGUAUGAAAGUCUCUACGCAAUAGAGACUCCUUUUCUCAACGAACAUAUCAGUCACGUAAUUAUUCCUUAUGAGUUUUUGAGCGAAGAAGUCUUGGAGAAAUGCAUUACAGACGCGAUGAAAGCGAGCAAUCUAAUGCUGACAGAUCAUCAAUUCUUUGAUGUUAAAUAUAACCUGCUUCAAAGUAAAACUGGUUGUAAAGGUGCCUAUGCCAAGGUUCAGGUGUUUGGUAGAGAGCACUCUUCAUAAACAAUAUAUAAUUCCGUGUUUAUAAAGACAAAAAGGCUGAUCAAUUUAUUAUAUUCUGUGCGACUGAAGUUAUAAAUACGUUCAACUGUACAGCGUAUCUUUUCUCUCCAUGUUUAAUUAUCUCGAUUACAAUAUAUUGUGAUAUUCUUAAAACUAUCAAUAGUUCCUAUUGAAUAAAUAUAUUUUCUGAACAUAAGUAUUUUUCGAAAUGCGUUUCCGCUUUGAUUAAUUUUAAAUUAUUGUCGAUCGAUUUUGUUGAUUUUUGAAACUAAGGAAUAAAUGAUUUUGACAGUUUACGGAAAAAGACUCGAGCUGUUAGUUUCAUCAGUGAAAGCCAGAUUGGACACGAAUGUGACGUUCACGCUUCGUGAAUUAGGACGCAUAAUGAAAUAUUUGUAUGAAUUUACUUCCGAAUUGUAGACAUUGAAGACGAAUGGUGAUUUUUGCGAGUGAUGAUAUGUAAUGUAUUGUAUUGUACCGUUUAUGUCUGGUAAAACGCAUAAUCGCAAUUAUACGCUGUUAAGUGAACUCCACGUCAAUGAAGACGGGAUUUUGAAACUCUUUGUGUAAUUUUAUUUGGGUUUAUAUUUGAUUUGUAAGCGAGUAUCAACUGUGAUUGCAUAGAUUAAAUAACAUAUGUAUGCCGAAACUUAUGUACGCGCGCGCGCGUUGCUACAAUUAAUCGCUCUGAUAUAACCAAAAAAUCGCUCGAUUGUAUUUUUCCUUCUUUAUUCUAUAAGUAAUUAUUUCUAAGUUAGCAUAAAAGAGUUAUUUUUUAAGACAUGAAAGUAAAUUCUUUCGAUUACAUAAUUGUCGUUCUAGCGGUCAAGAAUAAGUUGAGGAUAAUUUAAUUAUCAAAUCUGAAAAAACAUACUAAGAUUUCACUUACAGCACCUUAUUUAUAGUACCUUAUUAAUAUUGUAAUUGUUAUGAAUAUGAUAAAUUGAGUGUAAUCAUAAUGAAUUAUAUAUAGUCUUUAAUUUUUAAUAAAUAUUCCGGAUUAUAAAAUGGUUAGAUUAAUAUGAAAUGUCUCUUGCCACUUGAAUUAUUUGAAACGACAUUGCUCAAGAUAUUUAUCGCUUAAUUUUUAAUAACUAUAUGUAAAUUUAUAUUACAGACAAAUUAGAGUUAUUGUUUUAUACUUGUGACUUGUACAUUUAUACAAAAAAGAAGUAAUUAUAUUAGAAACUUAUUAACAUGGCAAUGUAAGCUAAUGAUAUAUAAUUAUUGAAUAAUUAUAAUAACUUUAAAAUACAUUGUAUAAUAUGAUAGUUAAGCUUAUAUUAAGUAAUGAAUUAUAAUAUUACAUAUAUCAUAAACAAUUAUAAUAUUAUGUAUAUGAAUAUUUUGUAUUUAAUGCAGCAGAUUUAAUAUUUCUCUAGUUAAAAAUUUUUGAAGUUAAAAUUCAUGAGAACAUGUUAAAAGUGCACAGUUAAUAAUAACUCUAGCGACUACAUACAGUUAAUGGUAGUUAAUGAUUCUUUUGGAUGUUGGAAAUUAUACAGUCCAUCGACAAAUGCAAAAGUAAAUUGAAUAUUUUGUAAAUGACUUUGUACACAUUAACAUUUAUUACUUUUAUAAUAUACGAGAUUAUUUAACCAUCAA